ACUUCCUUGUUUGCGUGAAUUUACAUGUAACAUCUGGAUACAAAUUCCUGUGAAUCUACGAAGGUAAGAUAACCUAAUUCUUGUUAGUGAAAUGAGGUAGAUUACCAGAUGAAUGUUAUAUAAAUCGUAAAUUGCUUUGGUACUUUCGAAUAUACAUGUAACAAAAGAUAACAUGAUAUUAAACAUUCGUCCAGCCUCAUAUUUUAAGCUCAAGGUUACGUAUGUUUUCCUUUUAGGUUUACUUCUACAAUUGGAUCCAGACCUUUAAAUUGCAAAGAAUGUUUUCAGUGCGUAGAUAUAGACAAUCCUAAACACCCCCCCCCCCCCCCCCCCCCCGCGUGUUUAAUGUUUAUCUUGUUUUAACCAUAGCCCAACUGGAAAUGUCAAUACAGGUGAUGUGAUUAAAGUAUUGUUUAAAAUCAAUAUUGUAUGAUCUCUGCAAUGCUCUUAUUUGGAAAUACAACGUAUUGUUAUGUCGAAUGCUCUCUGGCGUGUUUCAUUAAAAGUGAAGAAAACGAACAUUAGUCAAUCUCAUAAGUACUAUGAAGAAUACAAAAUUACGAGCAGGGUGAUCACGGACCACAUGACACACCAGAGUAAGCAUCCUCUGUUGACCGGUUACAUCUGCUGUAAGUCCUGUAUCUUGAUAACAAAAACCCGGAGUAAUCCGUUGAGUGAUAACAAACAUGCAAAAAACGGCUCACAAAUUGGCAUUAAGCAAGUCGGACAGCACUCACCAUAAUGACAGGUUGUCUUUGGAAAUUAAAUCAUUAUAAUGUAGAAUUUGCGAAAUGUUGACUUUAUACAAGGUUGUUAAAACCCUUGUAAUAACAAUUUAUUUAUUAAUUGUUAGGAUAUCCUUUUCAUACUGAUUAAUCAGUGUACCUAAUGAAUACAAAAUUUAAAACAAAACCUGAUGUGUCCAGAUGAAUGGGGAUGAUCUUUUUUUCCCCUAGGCUCGUGUUCUUAACUCUGAUAUUUCCAGGAAACCUUGUCUGCCCUGUUUUCGAUUUUUUUUUAUUCUCUGUAGGAUUUCAGACAUAAAUUACUGUUCGUUAUUUUUUUUAAAAAAGAUUUCAUGGGAUAGUGCAUUUUUUACGAUAUUCACUUUUUGCCAUUCUAAUUAAGUUUCUAAGACACAAAACAACUAAAGAGAAAAGUGUGACAAUGAAGUACAUGAUAUUUAGAAAAGGAAAUCACAUUGACUGAACACGUUGUCGUUGAAUGAAAGGUAAGAAAAGAAGAAGAUAUGGGAUGUCCAAAAAAUGAAUUGAUGUGGAAAGCACGAUCACACAACUUUUCCUGUGUGGAGAACAAGUCAUAUCACUGUUUUUUGUCAGAAGAUAAAACGAGAACAAAAGAGAAAUGUAUGAAACCGUCACUAAUUAGUAAAGGAUAUUGUCCCACUGUGAAUGAUUUGGGACAUUUGCAAUGGUCCCUAUGUAACACCACAGGAUGUCCUGUCACUGCUUAUCUAAGCACCGAAGUCUACAAAUAUCCACUGUGUUUAGAGGGGAGGACCACACCAAUUGCAAGUACAAGCGAGAAAGAUAGACUUAAUGGUGGUCUAGUGGCUGGAAUAAGCGUCUCAGUUGUAGCGAUAUGUAUAAUCCUGAUAAUACUGCUGCUUGUUUUAUGGAAACGAAAGAGUUCCCACAGUCAAGAUUCCAUGACGAGGAAUGAAGAUGCGAUACCCUUAAUACAAAAUACUCGUAAAGACAACAAAGCAGUAAAAAAGGCAAGCGCGGCCCUGAAUAAACAAAAUAUACUUAUUGUCCAUGGCAAACUCGGUAGUGGUGUCUCUAAAACCGGCGAAACUGUCAUUCAGAGGUAUGCAUCUCAGAAUAUAGGCUGGGACUCUCACUGUAUCAACUCUCUUGAUGAAUUAGAAGCAGCACUUUCGGAGAAGAAAAUUAUCUUUGUUAAUGGAGGGUUCGGAAUUUGGAAUGCAAUGCCUUAUGACGAAAACAAAGUUAGAGAUAUUUUAGAAAAGGUAUUUCAAAAAAUGCAGUCUGUGGGACAUUGUAAGCUUGUUCUUGGUAUAAGAACUGAUCUUUUUGAAAAAUACAGGACAAUUUUUAAAGAUCACAAUAUGUUGAAAGAACUUAUCAAUCUUGACAGUUUAAUACCUGGCGAGCGUGCUGAACUAAAGGAGCAUCUGGAGAAUACGUUAAAAAGAAAAAUCUGUGACAAGGCAGAUUGUGACUGUAAAAAAUUGGAUUUUUUGCAUGUGGAAAAAAACUAUGACGACAUAGCAACUCGUUUGAAAAUUGAAAGUUUAGGGUUACAUCAUGAUUUAAUAGGACCAUUUUUGCAUUCGGGAGAUAUGUUGCAAGUCAUCGUAUCUCACUUUGAUGAAAUGAAAGUAGAAAACACAAGAUUAUACGGAUGUCUCAUGUAUAUUGUUGCCAAAGGGAAAUACAGAGAAGGUGAUUCGACUGACAUUGACAGUUCCAUAACGGAUGCAUUACAACUUGAAGUAUCACAAACUUGCUUUGAAGAAUGUAAAUCUCUUCUUUUAAAAUAUACAAAACGAACAUCAAACCUGGAUCGUGUUUAUGUGCAAGAUGACACUACACGAACCGAUUCUUUCUACUACGUUUUUCAGCACAUGUUUCUGUAUUUAUGUGCUUUUCACUCUUUGUUCAAAUACCAUGCCAAGGAAGUGAUGCAAUUCUGUAACAUAGACGCAGUUCUACAGAUUGUUCGCCCAGAUACAGAAAACGACAAUGUAAAAUUCUGUAUCACAGCUGACAACGAAACAAUAUAUCAUUUCUAUCAACAUGUAAUAAUAAAAGAAAGUGGUCUAGAAGAUUUAUUAGAAGAUCACCCAUUAGUUAAAUAUGUUGCUGGUACACGUGUGUGAAAACUCUGUUGUGAACGAUGCUGUUAUAUUGAAUAAGCAAAAUUACCAAGAACAGAAUAUGACGAAAUCUUUACAGAAACUUUGGAAUUUAUUGACCGAACGUGGAAGAAUUUGUUUCUUUCUUUCAAAAGAGAGAUCUAUUUACCCUAAAAUAUCAGCUACAUGUCCUUGAAACAAGUUCAAAAUAACGAUAUAUAAUUAACAAUGGCCUACAUUUUUCAUAAUGCUAUGCGAGUUAUUUCCCCCUGAUUAUAGAGGAUGUGCAGCAAAUUGUGGUUCCCAUGUUGACGGUGCCAUAUAAGGAAUAAAUAGACGAUUUACAAUUGUUGAUUGCAAUCAAGUGCCAGUUAAGGAAUUUUUUCUAAGAAUUAAUGUGGUAUAAUUGAACCAAUUAUUUUACUAAUAAGUAAUUACAUUUAUAUGUGUCCCUUGUGAGGUUUUCUAGCAAGCAAUGUAUGGUAAUGAUGUAAUAAAGUAUCUAAAUACUA